AUGGGUCUCCAUUUUCAUCCAUCUGCGCCUCUCGAACCCGAGUUUCUCCAUCUGCGCCUGUCCGGUUCUCCAUCUGCGCCUCUCCCGAACCCGAGUUUCUCUCUUCCACAGUCUCGCUGCUCUUGCAUAGCUUAUCUUCCAUUUCCGUCGGUUGUUGCAGUCGCCGUUGUGGGACAGUCCACAUCUCUGAGUCGCGGUCGUCGUCGCGGUAUGGGAAACGGUAAAGAACAUCCAUCUAUGCUAACACCAUUUCCUCCAACUCCUCUCAUCAAUACAAGCUCCACUACAAGCAUACUAGUUGGGUCAGACCCUAAUAGACCUGGUGGUGGGGAAACUGAAGCGCCAUGUACAUCCUCUACAGUUGAAGAAAUUAAUAAGGAUAGACCAAAUCCACAGGAAACCAAGGAUUGCAGUGCCGGGACAUCUCAGAAUGUUAAAAUUGAUUGUGAUGAUAUGAUUGAGGAGCCAAAGUCGGGGAUGGAGUUUGAUUCUCUUCAAGAUUUAGUGAGUUAUUAUAAGGAGUAUGGUAAGAAGUGCGGGUUUGGAGUGAUGACAAAAAGGACUGAGAGGGAAGAAGAUGAUACUGUUAGGUAUGUCACCCUUGCAUGUGCGCGUGGUGGGAAGGCCCGUAAUAGAACUUUCAAUGUCGCCAACCCACGUCCGACAAGAAAAACGGAAUGUAAGGCAAAGAUUAAUGCCUUAAAAUCUGACGGAAAACUGCGGUUGACUAUGGUUCAUAAUAUCCAUAAUCACGGGCUUAGUCCAAAGAAAGCUCGUUUCUUUCGAUGUAAUAGAGAAGUGAGUGAUGCCGUAAAAAGAGUUCUAGAUACAAAUGAUAUGGCUGGUGUCCGAAUGAACAAGAGUUUUGGAUCUCUUGUUGUUGACGCAGGCGGGUACGAGAACCUCCCGUUUCUAGAAAAGGAUUGUCGUAACUAUAUCGACAAGGCAAGACAUCUACGACUUGGCGCAGGUGGUGCUGGUGCACUUCGAGAGUAUUUUUGUAGGAUGCAGUACAAAAAUCUUGGGUUCUUUGCGUUGAUGGAUUUAGAUGAUGAAGGGAGGUUAAAGAAUGUCUUCUGGGCAGACCCACGUAGUAGAGCAGCCUACCAAUAUUUCGGUGAUGUGGUCACAUUCGACACUACAUACCUGACCAAUAGAUAUGGGAUGCUGUUUGCACCAUUUGUUGGUUGUAUGGAUGGUAUAGCUCCUAAAGCUAUUAUCACUGACCAAGAUAGAGCGAUGAAAAAUGCAAUUGGUAUUGUUUUCCCAAAUACCCGACAUAGAUUUUGUUUAUGGCAUAUACUGAAGAAAGUGCCGGAGAAGCUUGGCUCCUAUGGUUCCUACAAAACUGGGAUGAAAAAUACAUUGAUGAAAUGUGUAUAUGACAGUCAAAGUAUUGAUGAGUUUGAGACAAGUUGGCGGAGCGAGAGCAUGAAUGCCUUCUUCGACGGGUAUGUUAAUGCUAAGACGAACCUCAAAGAGUUUGUUGACCAGUUUGAUAACGCAUUGAGAAAAAAGAUUGAGAAUGAAAAUGCCGCGGACUUCCACUCAUUCAGUGUCACAACCCCCUGCAUAUCUAGGUCUCCAAUUGAGAAGAGGUUUCAAGAAUUGUACACAAAUUCUAAAUUCAAGGAAGUACAACAGCAAGUUACCGGUAUGAUCGAUAUGAAUCCAAAGUUACAUGAGAGCAUUGGUGCAAUACAAACAUAUUUGGUAAAGGAUGAAGUUCAUUUGGCAGAGUUCACUAAGCAAGUUACAUAUUCUGUGGACUUUAUUGAAAAAGAUUCAGCUGCAAAGUGUUCUUGUGGAUUAUUCCAGAUGAGAGGGAUAUUGUGUAGGCACAUUUUGGCCGUAUUUAGAUGUAACGAGAUUACAUAUUUGCCAGAUAGUUAUGUUUUAGAUCGAUGGAGGAAGGAUAUCAAACGGCGAUACACGUUGAUCAAUAGUAGUUAUGAUGCGGGGGAACAACGGGCAGAUUCUAAUAGAUAUUCAGAGAUGUUGAAUAUCUAUUAUCAGAUGAUUACUCUUGCAGCAGGUUCGAAAGAGCAUACUCAGGAUGCAAAAGCUAAGUUAUAUGCAAUGAUUGAGUUGUAUCGUGCCAAUCAAGAACCCCCAUCUCUGACCCAAACGGGUUCCAAUGUUCCAAUAUCAGCAGGGGGCACAACUACUGUUGGUGGUUCUGGGCAAGUACGUAGUCCAAAUAUUGUACGUGGGAAAGGCAGACCCCCAUCUCUGAGGAGAGCAUCCAGGAUGGAGAAGGAUAUGCGAAAAGUUAAAGCGAAGAUCAAAAAAGCACAAGGAAAGGGAAAACGCAAAGAGGGAGAUGUACGAGAUACACCUAUAUUGAGCACACAGAGAUCCUUAUUUGGCCAUGAGGAGAAUGAACUGGCCAAUGCUGGAUACGUGCAGGCCAAUCCAGAAUCCACAGUUUUUGACAUUGGUGGAACCCAAAUCCGAGGAAUAGGGAUUCAAAGUCAAGAAAGUAUGCAAAUUGGAUUGGAUGGAUCACAGCCGAUUGACUUUGGGUUGGAUGGAUCACAACCUAUGAUGUUAUUUAAUGGCUUGUCUCCAGUUGAGGAGUAUGAGAGGUCGUGGGAGCAGAACGAGGAAUUGGGUCUGAACGAUAUUGACACGUCUUCAACCGAUGCUGCAUAUAACUUGACUGAUACGAAAAUGGGGGAAUUUUUAUAA